CCCAUCUCCACUCUACCACUGUCGACAAAAUGUUCGCCCAGCGCGCCCUCGCCCGCUCAGCCCCGCGCAUGGCUCUGCGCACCCAGCGCGCCGCGCCUCUCCGUGCCGGCCGCACCACCUCCCGCAACUACAGCUCCGAGAGCCCCAAGCAGUUCGCGGGCGCCGAAGACAACGAGUUCAACCGUGAGCGUGCUCGCAUCGCAGAGCACGCCUACGAGUCGGGCGAGUUCUGGCGGAAGUUGACGCUCUAUGUCGCCAUUCCUUCUCUGGUCGUCGCCAGCAUCAACGCCAAGCUCAGGUGGGAUGCCCACUGGGAGCACGUUGCCCACGACACCCCUAAGGAGGAUAAGCCGGAGUACGCAUACCAGAACAUCCGCACCAAGAACUACUUCUGGGGAGACGGUGACAAGACCCUCUUCUGGAACGACAAGGUCAACUACCACAAGAAGGACUAGUAAGCAGUUGUGCUACAACACUUUAUCAAACAACUUUGGAAAGGACCCGGAUCAUCAUGCAGAUUGCAUGUGUACAUAGUGCAAGCAGCGGGCCGAGCAGUAGACCAGCAAUAUAUUUCCUAUGUUUAAGUGCGGAAAGCUGUGAAGGCUGAGGCGAUUCGCCAAUUCAUUGAAUAAUAACGAUUGCACUAUUCAACCA